UUAGUAGCUAAAAAUCACCAUCACCAAAAGCAUAGCAAAGAAUAUUGUGCGUAAUAAUGGAGAGCCACUAUCACCUCACUAUUGCUCACUAUUUGCUUGUUUUUCUUUUGGCGUCUUCUUACAUGCAGACUAGUACAAAACACUGUUUCUGUUUGGCCGGUGGUGAACUUUCAAGCUGUGUGAAAACAAAUUCAUGCAUCGACGAAGAAAGACGAGCGCUUCUCGUCUUUAAACGACAUCUUGUUGAUCCUUCUGGCAGGCUUUCCUCUUGGGUGGGUCACGAUUGCUGUCGAUGGGAAGGGAUUUCAUGCGACAACCUCACCGGUCAUGUCGUGAAGAUGGACCUCCGGCAUCCAUAUCUACAUUCCAUUUCUGAUGAAGAGUUGGACGUCUGGGCUUAUGAAAAGGCUCAAUUGGGAGGUAAGAUAAAUGCUUCUCUGUUGAGCUUGAAACAUUUAAAUUACCUUGAUCUCAAUCUUUUUUAUAGCAAUCAAAUUCCUAAGUUCUUCGAGGAACUUAAAGUUUGCAAUAUCUCAAUCUCUCCUCUGCGUCAUUUGAAGGAGAGAUUCCCCCUUCUCUUGGUAACCUGUCAACCCUCCAUUUUCUUGACCUUGGGUGGAAUUAUGGCUUAACUUCCAAAAACUUGAAUUGGCUGUCUCGCCUCUCUUCUCUAAAAUACCUUGAUCUCUGCGGCAUGAAUCUUGGCACCACAGGAGUCAAUUGCGUGUAUGCUGUUAAUAUGCUUCUUUCAUUAGCAGAGUUACACUUAUCUAAUACAGGCUUAAAAGGCCAAAUUCCUUGAGUCAUUGGAAAUUUGUGCAAGCUAAAGGUCUUAAGUCUUUCUUGGGACGAAUUUUUUUUGGGGGGGGGGGGAUUGAAGAGUUUUGGACAAGUUUCUCAAAUUGUUCAAAUAUUGCAUUAGAGUCACUAGAUUUGUCUUCUUGUCAGCUGGGAAGCCAACUGCCGGUCUCCUUAGGAAUGUUUAAAAGUUUGCAAAUUCUGAAACUUAUGAGAAAUCAUUUGUGGGGCUCAAUUCCAGAUUCCAUUGGAAACUUGUCAUCUUGAAAACAUUGGACCGCUCUAAAAAUAAUAUGAGUGGAUCCAUUCCACAAAGUCUGGGACAACUCUCUCAUCUAGUUACCCUCGAUCUGUCUUCUAAUCCUUUGGAGGGCAAUCUAACGGAAGCCCAUUUCAUAAAUCGUACCCGGUUGCAACAUCUUGGUGUAGGAGACACAGUCCGACCCAUGUCCCUCAUUUUUCACGUGGUGUAUGAUUGGGUUCCUCCAUUUAAGCUACACACAAUUAAUAUCAUAAAUUGUCGGAUAGGUCAAUUGGGAGAGGAACGUGGCAUAGCGAUGGAUUUUCCAUAUAAAUGGACAACUCAUUGAGCGUUUGAAGUUGGUUUCUACCAAGAAUUCUUUCAGACAAGUUGUUGUAAGAAAAGUUCAAGUGGUUUAAAAAAGUCAAAGAUGACAAGCUUUGAGGAAUCUGUCCUGAAAGGUGGUUGUAUGAGAGAUCAAGUGUUUCAAGCAAAUGCAAGUUUUCGAUAUUGGAAGGGAUCUUUUCGGUCAAUUGAUUCCUGGACAAGUUCAAGGUACCCAAUUGAAUGAGGGUACUUAUUUCUUCAGGAAUUUCACCUUUUAAAUUAUUUGAUGAAAGAUCAAUGCUCCUUACAAGAUCUCGAGUCGUGUUGUACACAAGUUUCAUUCUUUUUAGUGUCGUAAGGAUUGCUCAUGAAAAAAUGUAAUAUCUUUUGAACCAUUGACCAUCGGAGACAAAUUACCCAAACACUUGGGAAUAGUACCUGAAAUGUUGUUGUUACUAAGGUCGAUGAUACCAAGCUGUCGAAGAUUGCACAGUUGCUGGGGUAUAUGUCCACUAAAAUGGUUGGAACGUAAUCGUAGCAUAUACAACUUGGAUACAUUUAAUCCUCCUAUCCACUGUGGUAUUUUGCCAAAUAACUUGUUGUUUCCAAGAUCGAUACUUGUCAAUUGGGAACAUUUUUGCAGGGAAUUAGAAAUUUUCCCGUCAAAAUUGUUGUUGAGUUUUAAUACUACCAGUGAACUUAAUACCCCCAAUGAUGUGGGAAUAUUACCCGAGAGAUUGUUUUGACUCACAUCUAGAAACAUCAUACUGCUUCCCACACUCCCUGCAUGACGAAAUUCUCCAUGAAAUUGAUUGCUCCUUAGAGACAAGACUCGCAACUGUUUCAUGUUGUAUACAAAGGGAGGAAUAAUUCUAUUCAAAUGAUUCUCAGAAAGAGACAAAAAUUCCAAAUUGUGCAUCAUCUGGUCAAUAUUAGAGUGAAUUGGUCCGGAAAAUGAAUUGCUUCCAAGAAAAAAGGAAGAGACCUUAGUGGCCUAUCAAAGUGGGAGUGGGCCUUCCAACUGAUUACAUCUCAAAUCAAUAUACUUCAAUUUCGGAGAUUUCAAAUGGGAUGGAAGGUUUCCACGAAGUUGGUUAUAAGAUAAUUCUAGUAUGAUGAGUAGGGAAGAUAUCCUCAAUAGCCAUACCUUUUGUAUGAAAUCUGCGAUUCCAUUACCAGUAAGACUGAUGUACCUCAGUUCAGUUUGAGAUUGAAGCCAUACCCUAAAAUCAUGACCUAUCCAACAAUUUAUGAUACUAAUUGUGUGUAGCUUGAAUGGAGGAACCCAAUCAUAAAUCUUACCUGGUUGCCCAUUUCAUAAAUCUUACCCGGAUGCAACUCAUACUAAAGGAAUGACUAUUAAGGAUAUCUUCCCAACUCAUCAAACUAGAGUUGUCUUACAACCAACUACGUGGAAACCUUCAAUCCCAUUUAAAUCUCCGAAAUUGAAGUAUAUUGAUUUGAGUUGUAAUCAGUUAGAGGGCCCACUCCCACUUUGGUGGGUCACUAAGGUCUCUUCCUUUCUUCUUCGAAGCAUUCAUUUUCCGGGCCAAUUCACUCCAAUAUUGACCAGAUGAUGUCCAAUUUGGAAUUUUGUCUCUUUCUGAGAAUUAUUUAAAUGAAAUUAUUGCUCCUCUGUAUACCACAUGAAGCAGUUGCGAGUCUUGUCUCUAAGGAGCAAUCAAUUUCAUGGAGAAUUUUGUCAUGCAGGGAGUGUGGGGAGCAGUAUGAUGUUUCUAGAUAUGAGUCAAAACAAUCUCUCGGGUAAUAUUCCCACAUCCUUGGGGUAUUAAGUUCACUGGUAGUAUUAAAUCUCAAUAACAACAAUUUUGACGUGAAAAUUCCUAAUUCCCUGCAAAAUUGUUCCCAAUUGAUGAGUAUCGAUCUUGGAGACAACAAGUUAUUUGGCAAAAUACCACAGUGGAUAGGAGGAUUAAAUGUAUCCAAGUUGUUUAUGCUACGAUUAUGGUCCAACCAUUUUAGUGGACAUAUACCCCGGCAACUGUGCAAUCUUCGACAACUUGGUAUCCUCGACUUUAGUAACAACAACAUUUCAGGUAAUAUUCCCGAGUGUUUGAGUACUCUGUCUCCGAUGGUCAACGGCUCAAAAAAUACUUCAUUUUUUCUUGAGCAAACCGUGCUGACACUAAAAGGAAUGGAACUUGUGUACAACAUGACUCGAGAUCUUGGAAGGAGCAUUGAUCUUUCAUCAAAUAAUUUACAAGGUGAAAUCCCUGAAGAAAUAAGUAUCCUCAUUCAAUUGGGUACCUUGAACUUGUCUAGGAAUCAAUUGACCUGAAAGAUCCCUUAAAAGAUCGGAAACUUGCAUUUGCUCGAAACACUUGAUCUCUCACACAACCACAUUUCAGGACAGAUUCCUCAAAACUUGUCAUCUUUGACUUUUUUAAACCACUUGAACUUUUCUUACAACAGCUUGUCUGGAAGAAUUCCUGAGGGAAACCAGCUUCAAACGCUCAAUGAGUAGUCCAUUUAUAUGAAAAAUCCAUCGCUAGGCGGCGUUCCUCUCUCAACUAAGUGCCCUGGAUAUGACACUUUCCCAUCUAAGGAUACAAAAGACAUGAAUGAAGGUGGAAAUGAUGAGUUGUGGUUCUAUGUCAGCAUGGUACUUGGCUUUAUUGUAGGCUUUUGGGGGGUUUGCUGCACGUUGAUCUUCAAGACAUCAUGGAGGUAUGCAUAUUUUCAAUUGUUGAACAAUAUCAAAGACAAGGUAGCAUUAGCAAUUUCAUUGAAAGUGGCUCGUUUCUGAAGAAUGUUUUCUGAUGUUUGAUAGCACUAUGUAUAUUUGUGGUUUCCUUUGUAUUUGGUAACUUAUGUAUUGAAUAAAAAAAACCCUACCUUUCAAUAAAUGUUCCCACAAACAAUUAUGUAUCAACUUGGAAGUAAUUAAAAUUUCUAGUUUGUACUUUUCAAUCGCAUAAUAAUUAGUAAAGGGGCAGUAAGGUAGAAUCGUGUUUAUUUCAUAAAACGAAAAUAAAGAUCGCCGAUUUAACAAGACGACUCAGACCUCUGCAACGAAAAUCAACUAAUGGAGGUGUGCAUAUAUUCAUUUUUCGAUUAUCGAAUGUUAUGGUUUUAAUCAAUGUCUAAGUUGUUUUAGGACUAAAAUCAACUAAGCCUUCCUUCCAGAAUUCAACUCUUGGGAUUUUUAUUUGUAUGCAAGCUGUGCUAACAAUUCAAAUAGAAUGGGAGCAUUGUACAAUGAUGUAGCUAAAGUAGAGGCCAAAAUGUAUUAGAUAUUAGCUGUAUCCGCCCGCUUCCUGCAAGUUCUUGGCAAUUACCUAGAUUGUUGGGGGGAAUUAUAUCUAUGUGCUGCGUUUAGUUUCAGUAGUGAUGCAACAGUUAACAAAGUAUUGGCUAUGGAGUAUACAGCUUCUUUAAAGGCUGGUUUGAAAAGUAUGGAGAAGCAAAAAGGCAUGCUUGGUAGUUCUGCAGCAAAUGCAAAUGUUGGAAGAGGCACAUUGGCCGUCAGCAAUGUCAAAAGCAACUCUUCUAGGAUUUUUGGGGGGAGAUGCCUCUAAAAGAAAGAGCGGUAAAAGUGAGAGGAUUAAAUCUUUGCAGCGGGUUUCAGUGGGUACAGGCGUUAAGACUGAAUUUUAUCAUCAAGGAUAUCCUCCCUGGUCAGAAUGUUAAAUCCUAGCAUACAUUUUCCUUGUAACUCUCUUAUUUACAUGAUUGCAGAGUGAGUUGUUCUACUGACUUAAGUAGAUAUCUCUCUGUAAUCUGAAAAUAAACAAAAGGGCCCUCAUAUGAGUGGUUCAAAGAUCUCAUAGUUACUUACAGCCAUUGAGCAGGUUACUUCAAGUUAGUUUUCAUAUAUAGUUCUACCCCCAAACUGGACAAAAGUUGCAAAACUUAAAAGUUUUCUUCCUGUCCAUGUUUUGCUUUUUGAAGGUCAACUAAGUUUUUGUUUUCCACUGUUCCAUUGUAUGUUUGACAACGCAAAGACAGGGUUUUGUCUUUCUUGACAAGCUUAGCGAGUAUCAACGCCAAUCAUUUCAUAUAUUGUUGUUCUUCCAAUUGUAUUUUUUGUGUUCACUUCAAUCAGGGAAAAGGGCGGGAAAGCUUUAAUACUUCAGAAAUGCUGGUAUAGUUUCCUGGAUUCAAUUGUAACAUUUGAAUUUUUUUUUAUUACGGAUAAACUGUAGCUAUUAAAGAGUUGAACCUUCAGAGAAUCAAAGGACCAAGGCUAUGGGUCUAAACCGUGAAUCUAUUGUUACAGAUGGCAGGUCUGAGCCACCUUUGUUUUCCCUCUUUAUAAGAAAUUAGAAAUUGUGCCACAAUUUGUUUGUUGUGCCGUUGAAAUAUUCUAAUCUGGCUCAUAUGCUUAUGAAACUAAACAUGUAAAGACCCUUGAUUAAACUUAUAACUUUUUUUUCAGGACUUCAAAUACUUCACUUAAGCUGAUAAGGAAAUCAUUGCUGGUGCUGAAGGUCAACCCAGAGGAAGCAAGUAUUCCGAAGGUUGAUGUCAUGCAUUAUGGAAUACAAUUAAGGCUACGGUUGGCAAGAAAGUAGUACCUAGAGUAAACGAUACCACGAGGAGCCAUCUGUUGAGGAAUCGAGUGAUUGAUAUCUUUGUGAUUAUGGGUCAGCGUAAUUCAAAUGUCCGUUUAUUGACAAGAAAUUCUGUCAGGCCAACUGUGUCCACACUAAAGGCUCGUGAGUCGCAAAGGACUUUGAAAUCCAAGGGUGCAUCAGGUCCAAAUAAAUUAGUUUCUGCUACUGCAACUUCAUCCAAAACUGACAAAGUGGCCACUUCUUCUCUUCCUGAGAACGUUAAGCAUGAAGCCACUCAGGGAGAGCUCCCAUCUGAAGCCAACUGCAGCCAGAGUGCUUCAACUAUCAUUUCCAGGAGAAAAUCAAAUAGGAGGAGAUCUUACACAUCUCUAUUGAUGACUGGAUCAAGGUUACUGGAGGACCGUGUUGAAGCUUUGAAGGAGGAAGAGCUGCCAAGUAUUGAUGACGAUUGCAAGCAACUGGAAGUUUCCGAUUAUGUUGAUGAGAUCUACCAGUAUUACUGGGUUUCUGAGUCACAGAAUCCACCUGCAGAAAAUUUCAUGUCGAUUCAGGCAGGCAUUACUCAUCAUAUGCGAGGCAUAUUGGUCAACUGGUUAAUUGAACUGGCCGUCCCCUUGAUUUGUUCAUCCGGAACGGGUACACUACAAAUUCGAGUUAGUGCAAGAAACUCUUUUCUCAUGGUGACAUUGCUCGAUCAGUAUCUUUCCCAAGUUACAAUUAAGAAGGAUGACAUGCAGUUGGUAUCACUGCACUCCUGCUGGCGUCAAAAUAUGAGGACUUUUGGCAUCCAAGGGUUAAUAUCAAUAUCUCAACUCAUGCAUUUUUCGUGAUUUUCUUUCUAAUUAUCUACAAGAAGAAAAAUUACAGGUCAAACAUUUAAUUAGCAUCUUAGUUGAGACAUACACCGGAGUACAGGUGCUUGGAAUGAUAUUUUGUUAGACUCUGGAAAUGUCCUGGUGCAUGUAUGAAUAAUGCUGCAUUCUAUAGUUCCCUUUUCGCUUGUCCUAAAAUAAACACCGUCUUUGCUUUUCAGGAGAAAACCUUUCUGAAAAAGCUGAAGUUUCGUCUUAAUGCACCUACUCCAUAUGUCUCCAUGUUAAGAUUUCUCAAGGCUGCUCGGUCAGAAACAAAG